AAAAAAAAAAAUUCGUCGACAGAUCGAAAGUGAAAAACCUCUUCGCCUCAAAAGUGUUUUGUUAAGCGUUUUGUCGCUGGGCACGCCUCGUCAACUUUUAUGGCCAAAAAAGACUGGCGGCAAAAAAUGGGCCAAGUUUUUCUUGUUAUUAUGUCAGUUGGUCAAAGUGCGUGAGUGCGAAGUGAGUGUGUGUGUGUGUUUGUGUGUGUGAGCCCCCAAAAGAGGUGUAAACUGUUUAAGUGGGUGCAAAGCAGACAAAACGAGCGAAUAACGCAAAACAUUUUGGAGCAGGUCAGUGUUUGCGAAACUCGCCACCAAUUGGAGAUACUGCAAGGGAAACGCUGUUAAAACAAAGGCAAUAAAAGGAAGGCAAUAAAAGAAAAACAAUAAAAGUAAAGAGAAGCUGAGUGUGGAGCCUAAAAAGCGGGAAUACUCAAGUUUUGCAUUUGGUGGAAGUUAACAACCAGAGAUGAAGCUGUCAAGAAUUGCCGCCACGCUGUUGCUGCUGCUGAUGCUGCAGCAACACAGCCACAGCAUUGAGCUCAGCACGGAGUACGCCAUAGUGAGUAAGGCAGCAGUGGCCACCACAACACCACCGCCCACGCCCACAGUUGCCUCCGGUCGCAGCUUUAAGGCGCGCAUCCAGUCCACGACGCCACGCAAUUCAAGCAGCAAACGCAGCAGUCGCCCGCUCGCAGCCAGCGUUGUGGAUGUGGAGCAACAGGAUCUGGUGGCAUUAUCCUCUAAAUCGUACAUCUCGGGACCAACCACACAAGCUUCGAAGCUAACGAAACGCGCUGGUUUGCCGGCUACCAAGAAAUUCGCCAAGGAUGUGCGCAAUCGCAGCAGCGUUGCAGUGGAACGCAACAGGCUGCAACACGAUGUGCCCGAUCACGUGCCAGAUUCUUCGGGCUAUGUGCCACAGCGCAUUGGCCAUCCAGUGCACUUGGAAUAUGGCUCCACAGGUGUUGACUCGAGUGGCGCUCCCACUGGCAGCGGUGCCUAUCAUGCUGUGCCCUACGAGGGCAACAAGUGGCACGAAGAAUACUGGGACCAGGAUUAUAACGGACAACAGUUCAUACACAACAACACCAGAGUGCAACAUAUUGAGGCAGAGUGUCAGGAUGAUUACAUGAAAAUACGCAUAGGCUUCAAUGGCUCUUUUAGUGGUCUGCUUUACUCUGCUGGCUAUGCCUACGAUCCGGAUUGCAUGUAUAUCAAUGGCUCUGGCAGGGAUUAUUACGAGUUCUACAUACAACUUAAUCGUUGCGGCACUUUGGGCAAGAACUCACUGCAAGAAGAGAGUCGCAAGAAUCCAACAAACUUUAUGUGGAACACGGUGACAGUGCAAUAUAAUCCUUUAAUAGAAGAGGAAUACGAUGAGCACUUUAAGGUCACCUGCGAAUAUGGUUAUGAUUUCUGGAAGACUGUCACUUUUCCUUUUCUAGAUGUCGAAGUGGCCACUGGCAAUCCUGUAGUCUUUACGCUGAGUCCCCCUGAGUGCUAUAUGGAAAUUCAGAAUGGUUAUGGCAUCGGUGGACCACGAGUUACAGGCCCAGUGCGUGUGGGCGAUCCAUUAACACUUAUCAUCUACAUGAGAAGCAAAUAUGAUGGCUUUGAUAUUGUGGUUAAUGAUUGCUAUGCCCACAAUGGCGCCAAUAAACGCAUUCAACUGAUAGAUCAACAAGGUUGUCCAGUGGACGAUAAGCUCAUCUCACGCUUCAGAGGCUCGUGGUCCGAUUCGGGAGUUUACGAAACUCAAGUCUAUGCUUACAUGAAGACCUUUCGGUUCACAGGCUCGCCGGCGCUGUACAUUGAAUGCGAUGUGCGCAUGUGCCAUGGCCGUUGUCCAAGCCAGCCCUGUCACUGGCGCAACCUUAAAGCGGUCACCAAGCGUGACACGUCCAAUAUGACGGCCACAAAUCUUUCGGUGCCUCCGCUUGCCGACACUGGAGAUACGGCCACCGAGAGUCCGGCACAGGCUUCGCUGUCGGAGAAUGUAAAUCUGUUUCAGUCGCUGCGCGUGCUGCAGGAAGGCGAAAACGAUGGCGAUGAUGUCUAUGCACAUCGACAGGCCACGCCACAGUCGCCACAUCACACUUGCCUCAAGACGUCAACGUUCUCGGCGCUAACUGCGAGCUGUUCGGCAGUGCUCUGUCUGCUGACGGUUACGCUGUUUAUAGCUUGCUCUCGUCUGAAGCGACGCAAGCAAUCGACGCUCUACGACUCAUAUAUAGCUCAUAAGGGACAAAUUGAUUAAAGGGCAGAGACUUAAU